ACAGAUAUUUUUUUUGCUUUUCCCUCCCAUCUCUCUUCCCAGCCACACAACUUUUCUUCUCUCUUUCUCUUCCUUCUACAGAAACCAACAACCCACUUGUUUCUUUCUCCCUCUCUCUGUACAAGAACAAAAAAAAAAGGAAGAAUAUGAAGAAGAAGAAGAAGACGCAGGAAGCAGAAGAACCAGGAGAAGAAGGAACCCCCACCCCACCCCACCUCACUUGUGCUCUUCCUUCUCUCUUCUCUCCGACGUCGUCUCUUUCGCGCUCUGCGAUCUCAAAUCUCCGAAAUCGCCCAUGAAGCGGCAAACUUGCCAAUGAAGGAGAGUCAUUCGACGCCUGGUUGGCUAGAUCAACGUCCUUUUGGAUCGAUGAAGAGAAGGGAAGGCGUGAACGACGAUGAAGGAAGAAGGAAGUGAUUCGUCUACACUCAUGCCAGAAGGAACAUGUCAUGCCGCCGGCGGUGGGACUGCUGUCAACCGCGACCAAGGCGGUUGUGGAUAUGCAAUGUUAAGGAACUUGCUUAUGUCUUGGACGAAAAGGGUUGAUUUCCUUCCAUUCGAGACUGGUUGCUGGUUUCUUAUACGAAAUUGUGCUGCCCUGAAUUCGAAGAUUAUGAGAACUGGGGCCAGUACAUUGGAGUUUUCCUUACGUGGUGGCUAUGUGGUGUUACUUUCGGUUUCAGGUUUCUUAUGUUCUGGUCCAGUUACAAAACUAAGCUACUUCAGAGUUUUGCCGGUUUCCUACUGUCAUUCUGCGUAA